AUGAAGCUAGCAAUAACCGGAUGCAACGGCGACGUUGGCAGGCCCGUUGUCCUCGCCGCACUCUCUCAAGGCCACACCGUCGUCGGCAUCGACGCCACAGUCCCUCCGGAAACCCUUGCGGCCCUCCUUCGAACCCGCACCGCCGACUUCGCGUUUCACCAGGCCGACCUCGUGGAUUACAAUCUCGCCCUGAGCCUCCUGACUGGGUGCGACGCCGUCAUCCAUCUCGCCGCGAUGCGGACCCCGGCGGACUACGCCGUGGUGGCGCACAACACGAACGUCGUCCUGUCGUGGAACGUCCUGCGCGCUGCGGCCGAGCUCGGCAUCAACCGCGUCGCGCAAGCCUCGUCCGUGAACGUCAUCCCGCUCGUCUGGACGGAGAGGAAAGACUUCGAGUAUUUCCCGCUCGACGAGGACCAUCCCUGCCGGCCCGACGAGCCGUAUGGGCUUUCGAAGGUCAUAUGCGAGCUCCAGGCGGAGACGAUAGUCCGCCGGUACCCUUCUAUGCGCGUCGCGAGCCUCCGCCUCAGCUGGUCCCUGCCCUCCCGGGCGGACGCCAUGCGUGACGACUCAGAGCGGCGCAAGAACGACCUGUGGGGUUACGUCCAGCAAGACUCAGGCGCCGAGGCCUUUCUCCUCGCCGUCACGGGCGAAGACUCGCGGUGGUCCGGCCACGAGGCGUUCUUCAUCACCGCGCCCGACACCGCGAACGACCUGCCUUCGAUGGAGCUGUGGGAGCGGCAUUGGCGGGAGGUGCCCAUCAAGCAGGGGAAGGACUUGAGUGGGAACAAGGGGUUCUUCGACUGCUCCAAGGCGGAGCGCAUGCUGGGGUGGGUCCAUCGGAACCCAUAG